AGGGUAAAUCUACGUAGUGGAGGGACAAAAUUUAUGAACAUGAGGAUAUUUCUACUUACUUUGUUUCUAUCUUUAGCUCCCUUUUGUGAAGCAGCGUUUACACAUUCUCUUGAGAACGACCUAAGGACUCUACUCUUCACAACCAACAGUUACAACCGAUUUACACGACCACUGGGCCAAGUACCCAUCUCAGCCGAACUCAAUCUGCUGACCUUAACAUCUCUGAGUAUUAAAGAUCAGACGAUGGCGAUUGCCGGCUAUUUCACUUUUGUAUGGACUGACAAUCGAUUAUCUUGGAUUUCUGAUGCAACGUACAACACCGACAUACCAGCAUUUUACACCACACAAGACUAUGUGUGGAUACCGUCACUCUCAGUUACAAAUUCGAUAAGUGACAUUGCAGUUAUCAGUGACAACACAUUCAUCAUCCGUGUAGCUAAGGACGGUACCCUGAAGUGGACACCGGGUGGUAUCUACCAAACACAGUGUACAACAGACGUGACCUAUUAUCCCUUUGACAUACAAACUUGCUCAGUCACACUAACCACUUGGGGAUACACCAACAUUGAAAUAAGUCUAACAGGAUCAGGGGUGGAUUUAUCUUAUUAUGAACCAAAUGGAGAGUGGGAUUUCUCAUCUUAUUCUAUCACGUCCUCUACGCGCGCUCAUGGUGGAAAUAGUUUACCUCAGAUAAGCUUCAAUUUGACUUUCCGGCGGCGUCCCACAUUCCAGAUCAUGAACACUAUAAUUCCCAUGAUCCUUUUGGCUUCUUUAAGUUGUUUUGUUUUCCAACUUCCACCCGAUUCAGGAGAGAAGAUGGGGUACUCUCUUACAACUCUUCUGGCUUUUGCUGUUUACCUUACACUGGUGUCUGGAAAUAUCCCAACAACUUCCAUUAAUACGGCAACUCUUUCCGUGUACCUUAUCAUUAUGCUGGCUAUGGGAGUUAUAUCAGUUCUUUUGACAAUUUAUGUUCUGAAGUGUCACCACAGUCCCGAAGAUAGACCUAUUCCGAAUUAUCUCAAGAAAUUUUGCUUUCUGGCAUCUAAAAUAGCAUUCAUUGACGCUUGCUGCAAGCAAAAGAUUUACUCCAUUGACGACCCUGAAAUAGAAUCGAAAUCGAAAGAGGUUCCCAAGUCUCCAAAUGAAGAUUCGGAACUGUCUUGGCCGGAAGUAACAAGGAUUCUUGAUAAAUUCUUUUUUAGAUUCUAUGCUGUAUUUUUAUUAAUAGUUACAUUAUGUGUGGUUUUAACGCUUAUAAUCCAUUAUUAUACAGAUAGAUAA